AUGGCGCCGGCACGCCCCAGCGUGAAGUCUGCUCGGAAGGCCCCUAAAAAGUCUUCGGCAAAGAAGCCCUCUAAGGCAGCUGCAGCAAAGAGCACAACCAGUGCCAGCAAGAAGGCUUCCCGUGCUCCGUCUGCUGCCCCAGCAGUGGCAGCAGCAGCAUCAACAGCACCCAAGGCGAAGAAGACCAUCCGCAAGAAACAAACAAAGCCGGAAAAGACGAGAAAGCCUAAGAAGGCUUUAAAGCAAACAAUAAAGAAGACAGCUGCGAAGAAGCCCAGGAGCAGCAAGAAAGCAUGA